GGCGCACUGUCGGCGUUCAAGCGCAGGACACAAUUUUUGAUUGGACGCCGCGAGACAUAAGAUUUUUGGAUGAGUUUAUGAAGAAUUUAACAUUUGUGCACUUACUUCUGUCAAAGAAUACAACCUAAUAAUUGAAGAUUUGUAGUUUGUGGAGACAGUUAAUGCCAGGCACUGUGAAAUGGCGGCAGCUUUUUAUAGCAGACGCGGUUUUCGUGUGAGGCUGAUCUUGGAAGAAUAUGAUGAUCACAGGAAGAAAUGCUACUUUUUCAUCAAUGUAAUACGACAGAAAUUUGUGAGAAAUGUCAUGCAGAGAAUUUGGUACCUAUUUUACAAGGAAAAGUGCUCGAGUCAUGACGAUAUUUUUCUUGAGAUUGAUGGCUUCUUUCUGCCACCCGGAGAAAGCACAUUAGUUCUGAAAGAAAAUGAUAUUAUAAGUGUCCGGGUGCGGCCCGGGCCGGCCACCAGCGCCCUCACCCCGUCCGCGAGCGCGGUCCGCUCGAUCGUGGCGCCUCUGACGGCCAGUCCGGUAACCCUGGUGGAGUCGGUGGCCCACGUGCUGCGCCGUCUCCAGAACGGAGGGGGCCCCGAAGACUCUGAGCGGCUGGAGCGGGACCGACUCGUCAAGGUGGCGGAGAUGAUGGCUGCUGAGUCGGGAAGCACUGACGAGAGUACUGACGAGGAUGACGUGCGCGACCUGGCGAGCCAGCUGACGUCACGGAAAGAGGUGGUGCGCCUGUCGCAGAAGAUGGUCGAUCAGGCCACGCCACCUCCACCGUGUGCGGCGAAAAAGCACAACCUGGACUCUGAACACCUGACGCUGACCGAGGUCAGCCGGGAACUGCGGCGUAGGUACGACGCCGCCAAUGAUCUGCUGUCUACCUCCACCUCAGCGGGCGUGGGUACCACUCCUGACGGCACUAGCACCACUCCUGGCACCAGCGCCACGUCUGCCAGCACCACUGCCACUCCCAGUGGUGUAGGCGCUGCUGCUGCAACGAAACCAGCGAUGUCCAAAUCGACAUCAGAUUUGCCAGAGGCGAUGCUGAAGCCGGUCAAACAGCUGGAGGCCUCGGUCAAAACUUCUGAAAUGCGCACAGAAGCGCCAAGUGGUUCAAAGGUGAACAGGUCGGCGACAGCGGAGCCGCGGGCUGUGCGGGAACCAACGGGGGAGAGGCAUGGCGUGAAGGGGUCUAGGGAAGUGGAGAGACUUACUCGCAGAUCAACUAAGGGUGUCGAGGAGACGGAUGAUGAGACUGCUAAAUUUGGUGGCGCCGGUGUGAAAGGAACUGCAGGGACGAAGCCUAAGAUACGGAAAGUCAUGUUAAGGGAAGGAAAGGUAGUGGUCGUUGAUGAGGUGGAUUAUGAGCAGUUCAUUGAUCCUGAGAAUGAAGAAAAAGAGACACAUGACAAACCUGCUAGAGUACCUUUGCCUACACACAUUGUACCUCUACCAUCAAGGAACGCCGAACGGUCGUCAGAGCAAUCUGGACGGGUGAGUGAAGUCAGCAGCGCCCGGGUUGGUCCGGGCCCGAAUGUGGCAAAAAUGAGACCAAAGAUAAUCGUAGUCUGCCGAAAAGGUGCUAGAAGUCAGGCUGAAGUCAAAGCAGGUGCUGAUGAAAAGACAGUAUCCCCUGCAGCUGGUGCGUCAGUGGAUACUGAGCGUCCUAAUGCAUCAGAGUGGGACGUGCGAACAUCCCCGGAAGAACAAGAAGCAGUAACCACAGUCAAGGGUGGUACUUUAUCAUCAGAGAAUGGUAACGAAUGUGAGGACUCGAAAAUUGGGUCAAGCGUGGAAACCGUUUGUCGCAAGAACUCGCGCGCACCAGUAGGUGGCGUGAAGCGGGCGCGAUCUUCUAGCCGUGAUUCUUCGGGGGCGUCUUCAGCCUCAGAGGAAGACACUCCAAACAAGUCAACACCUGUCAAGAAGCCAGUCGCUGAUACCAACACCACCACUACUAACACCAGCGAAGGGGCAUCGACAGAAAAGAAGAAAAGGACGCGGACCCGACGUCGUCGUGGUCGGAAGCGCCGAACCCCUGAAGCACCCCCUGAACUUCCUCCUCCGCCACCUCAGCCGCAGCUGCAGUCCCGUGGAGCCGACUACGCUCAGAGACAUGGCCUUCCUCGCGGUGAAAUCGACCGCUACAAGCGCGCUGCCUCAGUGUCCAUUGGUUGGCAGACGAGACCGAAGAACCGGCGGGUGGUGUUCGAUGAUGAUGGGAACCCGGUGCCAUACGGCGCUGAGCCUUCACCUCAGGCGGGGACAGAGUCUGCUGGAAGAGAGUGGCGUGCCACAGCAGUGACGACGCAGGGCAACGGACAGUGGGCCUGGUCUCAGGGUCGUAAUCAGGAGCUACGGACGGAUGGAGACGACCCUGCGGCACGUUGCGAGUCUCUCCAACCUGCGGACAGACCGAUGAACCUCGACAGUUCGCAACCAGACGAUCGCUCUGACAAUGUCUCAAAGCCAGUGUCUGAUUCUGCAAGACCACCAGAAGUGGUGGAGACCACGAGUGAAGCGCCUCGCAGAGAGUCCGAUCCUGCGCCAUCUUCUGCGUCCGACAGCCGACUAGAAACACAAGCUAAGUCCACCACCAGUGAGGCUGUCACCAAGUCGGGAUCCACUCAGCCAGCUGAAAAGGCUGAGGAUACGCAAAUGCGAGAACCUUCGAACUUGGCGAGGGACACUCCCUCAAGCUCAUAUGCUGCUCGGGCAGGGCAACCGGCGCUUGGCGGAGGCGGCAGCCGCAGGGGUGGUUCGCUUGGCGCCGGUCUUCUUCCGCGAGCCUUCAUGAGGCCACGCCGCUGCGUUGACCCGCCUCGACGCUCGGAAGUGCUAGGAAAGCCGACUGAGACGACAACCAUGCCGAGAGGAACAUCUGAUGUGCGUAGAGGUGGCUUUUUUCGAUCCAGCGCAUCACCUGCAGGCUCGGAUAGACUGCUGCAGCCCAGUUAUUUGAUAGCAAGUCGUGAAGCAGCAGCUGCUGGUAGAACAGCCCUUCCUGAUACGAAGACAACGUCGAACAGUGAAGAUGGAUGCGCUGCACAGUCUAGUCGUGGGGGCAGUGGCUCAGAUGUCCAUGUAUCAUCGGAUGCUAGCCGUAUCUGUGGUGCUCCGCGUGACCAAAGAGCGAGCACUGAACCAUCCCCGGCUGAUCCGCAGACUCCUGCCUCCAAAGAAAAGUGUUCUUCCGCGCUGGUUGGCGGGACUCCUGUUUCCACUUCCGCUAACCCUGCAGCUGCCGAUGUAACGCCAAUCAUAUCUUCAGCUCCAGCUUCAGCCCCAUCCCUAGCUCCAGUGUCAUCCGUAGGUCGAGCCACGCCGGCUGCUACAUCUUCCCCUGCUCCUCCUUCCCACACUACAGUGGUACUGGACGGCCGCGGCCGGCCGGCCGAAGGCAGCGCUGGCCGUGACCUGCGCCACUUGGCUACCAGUACCGAACGACGUCCCCUGGUCGUGGUGAGGCAGGACCGACCACUUCCCGGCCGGACUCCGUACAGAGAAGUGACGAAACAUGAGAGUCGGACGUCGCGUAAGGAGACGGGCGACGUUGUGCAACGCAAGAAGCCAGACGCGAAUAUAAGCCUGAGAUCGGUACCCAGCAGCAAAAACUCCAAAGAGUCUGGUGGGCAGGGAAAGAAGAAGUGUGAUCGGGAUGAUCGUGGAGGAAGCGGACGUCGUGAGGAUGGUGCAGCUGCAGCACCGGACAGCGACGGUGAUGUAGAGGAUGACACCACGGAUGCCACUGGUUCGCCGUCAGGAGACGUGUACCGCAACGUGUCCGUGAUCCUGCCGGGACCACCCCUGGAGCAGCUGUCUCCUCGUGCUGACGAUUCUGGAGAGUCCGAAGAGGUAUCUGUAUACUCUGAUGACUCGGAGGAAGACGCUGACGAUGCGAAGGAUUCUGAAGAUGAGGGAGAUUCUGUGGAGGAGCUUCCAGACGCAUCCAAUGUGCAGCGCGGAAAUGCCUCGGUGGAUAGCAUCACCAACUGCAACGUGGUCAACGCCGUGGGUCAGAAUCGCCGUCUGGAGAAACAGCGAGCGCGCGGCCUGCCACCUGGUGGCGGCAAGGAGAACCGCGCCCCGGCAGAUGGCGUCAAGGAUGAACGGUUCUACGCGCAGUUCCCGCUGAUGAAGGAGGUCGCCCACAAGGGUGACCUGAUCGCCUUCAAGUGCUGGGAUAUGGCGGCUGACUACUCGCCGUUCGUCAGCGAGUACCGCGAGGCCACGGUGAUGGAGACGGGCGACGGAGGCCGCGUGACGCUGCAGCUGCUUGAAUACCGGCCCCGCGGCCGGCGGCGGGGACGGUUUGAGAUAACUUCUCCCGAUGAUGACGAGGUGGUGGAUCUCGAGGAGGAGUCGGGUAUCGAGGAGCGCUGCUGGUCGGAGCUCAUCCAACCGCGACUGCUGCACCCGUGAGACGCGGCCGCUUCGUGGAGGAGAGGCUGUCCUGUGGCAGUGGUUGGCAGUGUGUCCCGGACAGGCUGUGGUAUCGGUGGUAUCAAGAACAUCAUCUAACUUAUGGCUAGCUUCUCAUCCUAACUGCUGGCUCUGCUAUUGGAAGGGUGAUUUGGCUUUGCCCCGCCAUUCGUCAUUGGUGGGUUGAACCAUUCUUGUUCUGUUCUGUAGAAGCAGCCACGUUUCAUUUGGACCACAACAGAACAUUUCAAAUAGACCGCCUGCACAUGGUAAGCGGGUUUGGAAGAUUUUCGCAUUUUGUAUGUAUAUCUUGAUGCCAUACCUGUGUUACAUUUCUGAUGUUUCGUGAAUGUUUGUUUGGCUUAUUAGGUCCCACAUCAUCAUUAUGUACCGGUUUGUUUUGUGAUGAUACCACACGAUUUCUGAUGAGUGGCUUAGCUAAUGAAGACUUGACGUGUUGACAUUUCGAUCUUUGGCGGGGCUCGGAUGUUUAUGCAUUCCCUGAGGCAAAUUUAUGAUAAAAUUGGAACAGUG